AUGGAUGCAGCAGAGUUUCCCUUAUUCGUCCAAAUUCAACUUUUUAUGUUAAACAAUGCAUCCUUGCGUUAUACAAGAAAAAAUAUAUUUAAAGGAAGAGCAUUCGAUAUGCGAUUAAACAUUUGUGCACUCCAAACACUCCAAACAAAUGGAAUGUUACCAAUUUUAAUGGUGUUUUUAACAAAACCGUUCAAUCCCAAUCCACAAAAAAGUUUUCCAACUAUAAAGUCCAACUCAGUUUCAAUCCCUGUUCCAGUCGUUUCUCCUAAGAUAAAGUCGCUCCCUUAUUUUACUUAUCUGCCGAUACAAUGCCUUUG